UCGCACAACAAAAUAAAUGGCAACAUCACUUGUUUUUCUUGCUUUGCCUUUACUUUUAUCCUCUCCAUUAUUAUUGAUUUCAGCAUUCGAUAACUUAACCGAAGAUUCAUCUUUAUCAGUAGACAACACAAACGAUGUUUUGAUUUCACCUAAAGGCACUUUCAUUGCCGGAUUCUUCCCCGUCGGCAUAAACGCUUACUGCUUUGCCAUAUGGUAUAAUGAACCUUUCUGCACUAACAACUGCACCAUAGUUUGGAUGGCAAACCGGGACGCACCAGUAAAUGGGAAACGUUCAAAGCUCACUUUGCAAAAAUCUGGUAAUCUUAUCUUAACCGAUGCAGGCAAGCUCACAGUCUGGUCAACAGACACAGUAUCAGUAUCUUUAGAUUUAUCCCUUAAGGAUAAUGGAAAUCUUCUACUGCAGAACUUGGAAGGUGCUGUUUUAUGGCAAAGUUUCAAUUUUCCAACGAACACUAUCCUGACUCUUCAGGCACUCACCGGUGAUAAGCAACUUGUGUCAUCAAGAAAUCCAAGCAACUAUAGUUCAGGAUUCUUUAAGCUUUACUUCGACACAGAUAAUGUUCUUCGCCUUCUUUAUGAUGGUGUUGAUACUCAAAGCAUUUACUGGCCAGAUCCUGAGAUCUUGAGCUUUACCGUUGGAAGAAAUACUUAUAACAAUAGUAGAAGUGCUUUUUUGGAUAUUUUAGGGAAUUUCAGUUCAUCUGAUGCAUUUCAUUUUAGGUCAGCGGAUUAUGGAUUGGAACUGCAAAGAAGGUUAACAAUAGAUUCUGAUGGAAAUCUUCGAUUGUAUAGUCGAGCAGAUGAAAGAGAUAAAUGGAGUGUUUCAUGGCAAGCCAUGUCCGAUCCAUGUAGGAUUCAUGGGAUUUGUGGACCUAAUAGUGCAUGCAGCUAUGAUCCUUAUUUUGGUAGGAAAUGUUCUUGUCUUACAGGGUUUAAGUUUCAGGAUGCUAAGGAUUGGUCUAUGGGCUGUGAACCAGAAUUCAGCCUUUCUUGUUCUCCAAAUGAGACUACUUACAUUCAACUAACUCAUCUUGAUUUUUAUGGGUAUGACUAUCGGUUCUCUCCAAAUGAGACAUUAGAUCUUUGUAAAAGUGUAUGUUCAGAAAGAUGUGAUUGCCAAGGGUUCCAAUUCAGAUUCACGAAGCAAGGUUAUCCUGAUGAUGUCCCUUAUUGUUUCGUGAAACCCCUGCUAUUGAACGGUCAUCGUUCAGUGAAUUUUCCAGGAAAUAUAUAUUUAAAAGUGCCAAAAACAAGUCCUCUUAACUUUCCUUCUAUCAAACAAAUCGAUGAAGUCAACAGGCUAGAUUGCUCCGGUGAAGUUAUCAAACAACUUGACAGAGUGUAUACAAAAAGCCAAGCAAAUGAAACAGUAAGGUUUAUCCUUUGGUUUACAAGCAUACUUGGAAUUGUUGAAUUCCUUGUUAUUUUCUUUACAUGGUGGUUCUUGUUAAGAACUCAUCAGGACCCGGAUUCAACUAUUGGUAAAGAUUUUCUUCAAAAUGCAACUGGCUUUCGGAGAUUCACAUAUGAUGAGUUAAAAAAGGUGACUCGGGGUUUCAGCCAAGAGAUUGGAAGGGGAGCAGGAGGAAUUGUAUAUAAAGGCAUAUUAUCUGAUCAAAGAGUUGCAGCAGUAAAGCAACUGAUCAAUGAAGCUAGUGACCAAGGAGAAGCAGAAUUCUGGGCAGAAGUUAGUAUAAUUGGAAAACUGAAUCACAUGAACUUAAUAGAAAUUUGGGGAUAUUGUGCAGAAGGAAAACACAGGCUUUUAGUUUACAAAUACAUGGAAAAUGGGUCUUUAGCAGAAAAUGUUUCUUCAAAUAGACUUGAUUGGGAGAAGAGGUUUAGUAUUGCUUUAGGUACUGCAAAAGGUCUUGCUUACUUACAUGAAGAGUGUUUGGACUGGGUAUUGCAUUGUGAUGUGAAGCCUCAAAAUAUACUCUUAGAUAGUGAUUACCAGCCAAAGGUGUCUGAUUUCGGCCUGUCUCGCCCAUUAAAAAAGGACAACAAUGAAGUUUCAAAGCUUUCAAGAAUUAGAGGAACUAGGGGUUAUAUUGCACCUGAAUGGGUUUUUAAUCAGCCAAUUACUUCUAAGGUGGAUGUUUAUAGCUAUGGAAUGGUGUUAUUGGAGAUAGUGACCGGAAAAAACCCAACAGCAGUAGAGGACAGAAGGUUGGUUAGUUGGGUGAAAGAAACGAUUAAUGAUGCUACAAAUAAUGUUGAUUUGAGGAUGCAAAUGAUUUUAGAUGCUAAGUUGGAAGGGGAGUAUGAUAAGAUUCAGGUGGAAAUUCUUGUUGGGGUAGCUUUAAAAUGUGUAGAGGAAGAUAAAGAUGCAAGACCAACCAUGAAACAAGUUGUUGAGAUGCUUUUGUGUAAUCAAAAAGUCUCCAAAUAAGUCUAACCGGCUUUCAUUUCUUGGUACUGAAAUUGCUUUCAAAUUAUGUUGUUAUGUCAUUUUACCAUCUGUAAAAUCUCCUCAGCUCUUUUAAUUUCCAUCUCUUUUCUUUCCCUUUCUUUUUCUUUCGUUUUCUCUGUAAACAAUCAGUUAAUUGGGGUAUUGCAUGGUUGUUGCUUUUUAUUUUUUUCCUAUUUACCAAAUAAUUAAAGUGAAAUUCAAGUCAUGUGCAAUAUUCAAUGAUUAACAUUUAUCGCUUCAUUUGCUAUUAAAACGUUCAACCACAUCCAUCCA